AGUCCAAAAUUAGUAAAUAAAGAUGGUGGCAGCGCAUGAACCGUGUGCGGUAUCGUCACGCGAAAAAUGUCUGGUAAAAUGAAAUGGAAACGAGGAACGUGUACGAUCUCUCAGAAAAAUUCAAAAGUCGUAGAGACUUAGUGAUCGGAGUCACCGCAAAGACGAUAAUAACAGUGUAAAUAGUGUAACUUUCGUAUAGUUCCCCGGGAGCGUAAAGCAGCCGCAAAAGAGGAUAAUUUGGCUCCAGAGUUCACUGUAAGAUAAGAAUAAGAAAAAAUGGUGGUGGGCGAGGCGAGUAUACACAACAUAAUGGGAGGAAUGGAGAGCACGGGCGGGGUGCGACUUCACAAUCACAAACGGAAAUUGAAGCAGAGGUUCGACAUCAUCAAGAAGCUCGGUCAAGGUACUUAUGGUAAAGUUCAAUUGGGUAUCAACAAGGAAACCGGGCAAGAAGUGGCGAUAAAAACUAUUAAAAAAUGCAAGAUAGAGACGGAAGCCGACUUGAUCAGGAUACGAAGGGAGAUUCAGAUAAUGUCGAGCGUUCAACAUCCCAACAUUAUUCACAUAUACGAAGUGUUCGAGAACAGGGAGAAGAUGGUGCUGGUAAUGGAGUACGCGGCCGGUGGCGAACUCUACGACUACUUGAGCGAGCGCAAGGUGCUGACGGAACACGAGGCUCGACGAAUAUUUCGACAGAUAGCCACCGCAGUUUUCUACUGUCACAAGCACAAAAUCUGUCACCGAGACUUGAAGCUGGAAAACAUAUUGCUAGAUCAGGUUGGGAACGCGAAAAUCGCGGAUUUUGGCUUGUCGAACGUGUUCGACGAGCAACGACUGUUGAACACGUUCUGCGGCAGUCCGCUCUACGCCAGUCCCGAAAUCGUCAAGGGUACCCCGUAUCACGGCCCCGAAGUCGACUGCUGGAGCUUGGGUGUUCUUCUCUACACUCUGGUGUACGGUGCCAUGCCCUUCGACGGGUCCAACUUCAAACGACUAGUCAAACAGAUCUCACAGUCGGACUACUUCGAACCGAAGAAACCGUCGCCCGCCUCCCCUCUCAUCAAAGACAUGCUGACCGUUUGUCCCGCCAGAAGAGCCGACAUCGAAAGGAUUUGCACCCAUUGGUGGGUGAACGAAGGUUACGAGCAGAAUUGCUUGGACAUCGCGGAGGACUUGGCGGCUCAAACUCCCGUUCGGUUGGAUUUGCUGCUCUCUCUGGUACCGCAGUCGGCGAGCGCGGAGAAACUGGUCGUCGGGGAUCAGCAGCCAGCCGCAGCGGACGUUCCGAAUAACGUGUCUUCCGAAACUCUGAUACCUACCAGAUGCCAUUCUGUCGGCAGCUUGAUGGAACUGGAUCAGAGCGGUUCCGAUAGACGGAUAAGAAGAGAACUGAUCGAGGAGGAGCAGAGGACUGCUCCGAUCGGUGGCGACGCCAAAAGGAAAUUGGAGACCACGCCGUCGAUGGACGAAACGGCAGCCGCCGAUGCCAAGAGGAAGGAACGACCUCGAAGGAAAGAAAAGCGGGACGAACCCGAAGCUAGAAUGUACAAAUCCGCGUCCAGGCAUCACUCGGCGCCUAUUCCAAACUCGAUCACGGAGGAGGCUAUGGAGGUGGAUCCAAUGGUAACCGUUCCUAUUAGCAAGACCGUCGACUUGAACAAGAUCGAAUCUACGGCAGCUUGUCUGGAAUUAAUCAAAGAAUGUAGCGAGAGGUCACCGAGCAAGGAGAGAAGCAAAACGCCGAUGAUUCACGAACCGGAACAGCGACCACUCGCGGUAGACGAAUCCCGGCGAAUCCCGUCGGAAGAUCGCGCCGUCGCUAAUCACGACGAGGAGCGCUUGCUGGACGAACGGCAAGCGAAAUCGUUAGACGACGGACACCGUGACGAAUCGUCGAAACGUUCGGAGGUGGCGCUCGAUCAAACGAUCGCACGUUCCGCGACCCCCGCCUUCGAACCAUCGAACGAGAAGACUUUGUCCGGAAACGAGAGGUUCGAGAGAAGGUCGUCGACCGCCGGUCGAGAGGAAUCGAUCAACCUCGAGGCGACUCAACGAGAGUUUAAGAAGCUGAAGGAAAAGGCGCUCUCUCUCGAUUCGGAACUUUCCAACGAAUCGCGAGACCCUCCUGCGAAGACGUUCGAAAGGAGACGCUCCAAGAUAUUCGAGACCGCGGAGAAGUUCAAUCAGAUGGCGUCGAGCGUGGAAAACGAGAAACCUAAAAAGAUCUUUAUACCCGGCGUGAACGUCGGAGGGGCGAAGCGCGUGUUCGAAAGAAAGGCCAGUCUGUCUUCCAUUGGAACGCCUCCGCCUACGAAAUGCGUCGCGUCCAAAAUGAUCAUCGACGUUCCUACGACGGAUACGAAGAAGAACGAAAAUUCGAACGACAAGUCGAAGCCAACGCGAAUCGAACGCGAGGAACAGGAGGAGCAGGAGCAGGAGCAGGAGCAGGCAGAGGAAAACGAGGAAGAAGAGAAGAAGAAGGAAGAGGCGAAAAAACGGGCUAUCGACAUAAUAAGUGGUGCGAUUGGAAAACCACCUGUGCAAAGGAGGAUAAACGGGUCUCCGCCGAUUUCACCCUCGAGCCAAGAACCAAAGAAACUCGCGUCAAAGAUAUCGGUUAGUACGAACGAUUCGCGUUCGACCACGCAAUCCUUGACCACGACACCCACAGAAAUCAACUUCUCGUUCGAUGAGAAAACAGCGGACGCGGACGGACGAGCGACGGUAAGAUCGACGAUCUCGACGGAAGCGUUCGACAACGAUAACGACGACGGCGUCAACGACAACGACGACGACGAACCGGAAGAACCAAAAAUGUCCAGCAAAAUGGAGAUCACUCUAAAGAGCGCGACUCUACCCAGACCGCGAAAGACGAGCAAAGCCGAGAUCUCCGUGACGGGUGCGAAACCUUACAAGGUCCAAGUUCCGUUCGCGUUCAAAUCCGAACUCGAGGCCAAGAUCGACGCGUUUCAGCCACAGAAACUGCGAACGCAACGGUCGGAAGUGGCAUUUCCCGUUGCAGCCGCGGUACCGCAGACCAAUCGAAGCUCCAGCUUGGAACCGGAAAGCAGACCGAGGAGCGGUGCGCCGAAGGAGAGGAUAAUUCCGAUUCAGAUGGAAGCGGAUCAUCGGCAGUCGCGACAUUCGUCGACCACGCCUCCACCUUCCAAGCCGCCACCGAUGCCUCAAAGAUCGGUUUCGCAGCGGUCGGGCUCGUUGUCUCGUCAAUCGACCGCAGACUCGGAUACCGAUAGCGCUCUCGGAUCGACCGUUGGUCCCGAGCCGAUCCGAAAGAGCCCCCGAGAAUAUAUCAUUCCCAUCGCCGUGGAAGGCGGUGGAUACGUGACCCCCAGAUCCGGUAGCGUGGAGCCUGAGAGCAAAGCCGGUGGCACACCGUCUACCGCCAACGUGCCCCGCUCCAGAUUUGGUAGACCCCGAAGAAUGAGCUCACUGUUGUCGGAUGCCAGCGAGGACGAAUCGCCGUUCUCUUCGUUGCACAGGGACAGCGAGGAUCUGUUGCAACGACACAUGCAUCGAUUGAGAAGCUCCCGGCCAUCGAGACAGCCGCCGGAACACGUGGACAGUUUGUCCUCCGGCGAGGACGACGACGACGAUGGAUUCGAAUUGUUAACCGCCGAGAAUCUAUUCUCCACUCUGCUGUCCAGAGUGCGAAGUUUGACACAGAGAUUGAACGUGGACGACAAUCGUACCACCGGCUUCCCAAGUUCCCGCCUGUUUGGAAGAUUAGGAUCCAAUUCCUCGCAAGCGUUGUGGGGUCUGAACAAACCGCUGUCGAGCUACCAGACGUAUGUCGAAACGAGGACCGUGACUACGCGGUUGUCGGAGUCACAGUUCAGGCAUUCGCUCAGUCGAGAGGGUGACAUACUCUCGAGGAAAGAUUGCGCGAACACGUCGAACCCAGGAACUCCGAGCAGUCCAGGAUCGCACGGUAAUGCUUCGAGGGAAACGAUAUUCGAUGUCGGCAGUAACACUUUACCAAGAGAUAAAGUAGCACGCGAAGACGUAGAAGCGGAAGCAACGCGAAUGAAAAAAGAGACGCAGGAAUCGUUAGAGCAAAGCUUCACGCCGAGCUUGACCAGACGAUUGGGCAGAACGUUGAUCGAGCAAACCAGACGAUCGUUGACGAGAUCACCGUCCGUUUCGCGCGAAGGCCGGGCCCGUUCGGCCGAGAGAGACGCGUCCGAGGCGACGGCGGCGUCGUCGUCGUCGGCGGCCGUCGACCGAUCCGUCUCCACCGUUUCCGACCAAUCCGAGUACAAGCACCGGUCGGCGAGCGAUCGACGGCCCAUUAGAAGAAGCAACAGCUUACUGGAAUCGGCGACCGGAUCGCUCGCCUCGCCCCGUCGCACCGUCGUCGGUCUCUUCGACGACGAGGAUGAUCUCGCGGAUCAUCGGCAGCCGCACGGUCGUUCCUCCUUCUUCUCCACGUUCCCCAGGGACACGGUGGCGCGUGGCAAUCUCGGCAGAUGGUACAACGAAACUGGCGGUGGUCGAGCCAGCACGGGCAGACUGCGAAAGGACAGCUUCCGUUCGUAUCGUACGGACAAGAUUCAGGAAGAGACGUCGGACGACGCGUUCGCCGCCGAUAGAAGCGGUUCGAUCUCGGAGUACGCAUCGACCUCGGCCUGCGACUCCAACACGAACCCGUUGGACGACGACGCUUCGCCGACCGAGUCUUGCACCGCCAACGCGGUCGACUACAAGCCCGCGUACAACUCGGAUCCUUCGUCGAGAAACUUGGAGAACAGGUUGUUGGCCGCGGAAAACUUGAUCAGGGAAUCGAAACUGAAGAACUUGGGCUCGUCCGGCGGCGUAAAUCUAACCUCCAGCUACCGAGACACGGACAAAUGCGAGAAACGAUCGUUGAUCUCGGUGGCGGAAACGACCGGAGCUUCGGCAACCUCGAAGCGGCGAACCUGUAUCCCCAGCUUGAGGCUGCGAUCCGGCUCGUUGACCAGAGAGCCGAGCGCGGCCGUCGACCGGCGAAAAUCGUUGGCGGAUUCGCAGGACGUGGCGAAUCUCGUGGCGCGAACCCUCGUCCCGGAAAGGUCGCUGCUGAGCAAAUUUUUCAAGACCGCCGCCAACCGAUCGGAGAACGAGCCGACCAGGGACAAGGAGAAGCAAACGGAGCUAGAGAAGGAGAAAGAGAAGCCGCAAAAGUCGAAGCAACGCCGGAUAUCGCGAUUCCUACGGCCGGACUUUUUCGACACGCCCAGAGAGGAGAGUCGUUACGCGAAAGAGAAGGAGGCGCAGAAGGCGGCGGAGAACGAACGCCGCAAGUCUCGGUUCAUCAAGCGGAAAAGCGAGAACAAGGACGCGGCGGCGGCGGCGGCGGCGACGGCCGUGUCGAAAACCAGUGUGCCAACGACAACGAGCCGAGAAGGCAGCGUCGAGACGGAGAAGAAACGGGAGAAGGAACUGAAGAACGAGAUCAAUUGUCGGAGAAGGGAUCGAUGCUCGCGGGAAAGGGAAACGGCGACGGAAACGACAGAGCCGGUCGAAGGUUCGCGAAACGGAUUUCUGCACUCGUUGGAGAAGAAGCUGGAGAGUCUUCGGUGCAACGACGAACAGCGCGCGUCGGACCGAGAGAAGACGACGGUGAAAUCGACAGCGAGCGACGAGCGAACGUUAGGCAAGGAAGCGUCGCGGGAGCGAUCCGCGCCUCCGGUCGAUCGUCGUCUAUCCUCGGCCUCGAACGAACGCGUUAGCCUGGAAAGAGCGAGCAGCGUGGAGGAUCUCUCCCGGCCGAAAAACCCGAAGCGAAACUCUCCGAAGAGCAGAGUCUCUUCCGUGCUCGGUUUGUUCAAGACCGUGGAUCCGAAACAGCUGGCGAACGGCGCGCGAUCGCAGACCACGAUCCUCGCUAAGCUGAAGAAGAGCCCGCCGAAGGUGCUUGCGGAUCUUACAUCCGUCGAGGAUGCGACCACCGCUCCUAUCGUCGGUAGCAAGAUACCGACCAAGCUGGCCGCCAACGCCGACGCCAAAUCCGCGAAGAAGAUCGGCGAGACGAACAAAUCGGACAAGCCGGAAAAACGCGUCUCCUCGUGCGAAUCUUCGAGGCGAUUCUCGUCGAAGGAGGGAUCGAAGCAGGACGCGAAAGAGAGGAGCGCGUCACGCGAGAAAGAAUCGGCCGGGGAGAGAGGUAACUGGAACCGAGACGCGGAGCAAGGAUCGACGGAUACGAGACGCGAAAAACCAAACGACGACGAGAAAAGAUCGACGGAAAAGAGAUCCGUGACGAUGCCGGGCAACAGAGGUAAACGAGCGAAUCGGUGUUCGCUGGAGAACGGCGCCUCGUCCACGGAACCGAGUAGAUCCGAAAACGCGGAGAAGAAGACGGGAAAACCGACGAAAAAGACGUGCGAAACGUCGGAGAGCAACGAUUCGGACGGCGUAAAAAAGAAGAGAAUAGUACGAGUGGCGAAGAAGGUGGUGAAAAAAUCGACCGUCUCCGGCGGUGGGACCGGCGACAAAUCCAUCGACAAAUCCGGCGACGCGGAUAAAACGUCGGAAGGAAAGGAGAAGCCGGCGAAACCUCGAACGAAGAAAAAGGUGGCCGGUAUCUGCGACAACAAGAGUUCGGUCGAGUCAAAAGUGGCGACCGGUAGCGCGAAGGUCGGUAACGCGGAAGAAAACGGACUUGGGACGGAAUCGGGAGACAAGAGCGAGGAAAGAGCUGCCAACGACCAUUCCGAGGAGGAAACGGUCGAGACGGAAACCAACAACGACGAACCGACGAAAAUUCAGCGGGACUCUCAACGACCGAACAGGAACAAUCUGAAGCUCGAUCUGUCCAAGAUACCUCAACACUCGUUCAGGAACGCUACGCCCAAGAGAGAUUCGCCGAAAUCCGAUUCCCCGUCGUCGACGGCGAACCAAGAUCUGCCCGGCAAGCUGAUGGAAUGUCUGUCGAAGGUGACGCAUCGCGCCAGCAUCGCCGGCAACAAGAUAAUCGUGGAGAAGCCGUUGCGCGCGAGAGACGUUGCCGAACUGAAGAGAGAGGUGACCGAGUGCGCCAAGAUCAUCGAGAGCCACGCGGAAUCGGCGGUGAACGCGGUGCAAGGUCCUCCGGAAGAGAGAAAGUCGAGCACGAUUCCUUCGCAGGUUUCGACGGAGAACGACCGGCCAAUAACGAGCGCAACUACCGCCGUCACCGCCACCGAUUACCCGAACGACGUUCUCUCGCCGAUGGACGAUCCCGAGAGCUUCGAUUCGUGGUCGAUCAGCUCGGCGGAAUUGAGUCACGCGCGACCGGACUUGCACUCGCCCACGUCUCCGUCCCAUUCGUUGUACGCCAGAAACGACAACUCCGACAAUUCGGAAUCGGUGAUCGAUCGAAUACGCAGACGGAGCUUCUACUCGCGGUUCAACGAUAGACGAAGACCGUCGUUGACGGCUCCGCCGCCGGGCGUCGCUUUGCCCGGCAGCGCGACGCUGCCGAGAAAAUUCAGCUUCAGCGGACACCGCGAACACCGGGAUCGCGGUAGAUACGGAACCGGAUAUGCCGGAUUCGCUUCCGCGGUCACCUCGAAGACCGGUGGCAGCGGCGGCGGCGGCAACAGGUACGCCACGGACAAGAGGUACGGUUUCUACAGCGAGGAUGGUAUCGCGACGAUAGAUCGUCGUAAUCGAUCGCUCGACCGAGCCGCUCGCUACUCCGACACCGGCUACGUCACCGACCUCAAGUCGCCGACCGACCACCCGGUCGUACUCUCCUCGUCCUACGAUCCUCUCAGAAGGUAUCUCAGGUCGCCUACCUUCGACCUGUCCGCCUCCAGAUCGAGAUAUCACAGCGUCGACUUUACCGCGGAUCCGGAUCUAGCCACCGUGUACAGACCUUCUGCUUCCAGCUUGUCCAACGACUCGGUCAGCCUCGGCUACUCCUCUCUGCCGAGAAAAUACGCGAUCGGACUCGCCGAACCGAAAACCGUCCAGUACUACGAGGAGUUGUUAUCUCCGAGCAGCGCGGACUACUCGCCGUCUAGGAGGUCGCCGACGUGCAGCGAGUAUCCGACUAGGUGCGAGAACGGCUACUACAACGGAAAUUCGGAUGUACGCGCAAACGCUGCGAAACGGAAAACUUGCACGGAGAACGCGAGAACGCUGGAGCUUUACGAAGAUACCGAUCCGGCUUCAGCCGCUUCCUGCGACGAACGAUCCACGGAACAGAGGAGGAGCAAAGGCGAACGUACGACCCAGACGAAACAUUCGCUUUCCACGUCCGCUGAUACGACCAGCCGUUGCGCCAACGACCACAGUUAAUCUCGUUUUCGUCAACUCGCGCGACGACGAUUUACGCGCGCACCCAACGUCCCCUUACUUUUGUUCGUUCUGUUCGUUGCACGCAUUGAUUCCAGCGUUAUCGUCCACGUUUCUCGCCCAAGAAUCGGUAACGUGCGUUACGAUAUACGCGUAUCCAAGUCAUUGCGACAGUUCGUUUUAGAAAAUACUCUCUUAUUCCGCGUUGCAGACGCAAGAUCGUAUUUCUCCCACCAUUUCGAUACGACCUCGUUCUAGUCUAUUUAUUUAAUCGACGUAGGAUUUCGAGUGCAAUCGCAAUUGCCCGACCGUACCGAACGCUUGUCUCCUCUCGUCUUCGUUACGAAACGAUCCAACGGCCUAAAACCACCCCGUUUCGUCUUCCCUCGAAACCGACGAAACGUAUUUCUUUGCCUGCCCGCUGUUUUCGUCGACGUUACGUUACGAUCGUUACGUCGCACGCUCGGUCCAUAUUCGUUAUAGCAAAUGUCUCGUCCACUCUGCCGACUUCACGUUUUUCUCUCUUCUUUACUUAAUAAAUCUUAAAAUGCGACAUUGCAAUAGUUGUUUUCUAUCGCUGUUACUAUUAUCGCUAUUACCACCAUCGCCAUCGUCACAAUCGUCGUUGUUAUUGUUAUCGUUAUUGUUACAUCAUCGUCGUCGCUUUUAUCUUUACGACUAUAUUAUAUAAAAGUGUGCCUUGAAAUUGUUGUUGCCACGUAAAUUGUAUCUUUUUCGAGAAACUCGACGUGCGUAUGCGGUAUCGACGUUCGUAUAAUCCAACGAACCGCGUGUUCGUUUUCUCAUUUUUCUCUAGUUUCUCCUUUCUCUUCUUUUCGUGUUAUCUGCUCGAAACGCGUGUAUGUCGUUACGAGCGGUUUUGGCUGCAGUAUUUAUAAAAUUGUAAGUUAAGUUAAAGCUUAAGGCUGACGCGAGAUACGUAGCUGUUGGACCGGCUAGAUACUCUAGCUAGCGGACUGUCGCGAAAACGCGAACGCUGUACGAGAGUAACGAGCGAGUUGCUUCGUCGCGCGCAACGUUUUCGCAUCUUCGUUGACCAUUUAACGGGAUUCGUUAUCCUGAAACGCGUCUCGAGCAGCGUUUCGCGUUUCCCCUCUAUAUUCUCGCGGAGCAAAUUUUAUCUUGGUCGUAUCUCUGCAAGAUCCCUUCGAAACGUUGCAGGUAUUCGCUGCGAAUCUCUGACUGACUAGCCACGGUCUUCCGCUUCUUAUGUAUGCGUUUUCUACUCGUAUUUUAAAAUAAACCAUGCUAUUCGAACGAG